AUGUUAAUACCAGUGCGAUGCUUUACGUGCGGAAAGGAGGUGUCUGGAAUGUGGGAGGAGUACAUGGAAAGAUGCACCACAAGCAACGACAAGGCAAAGAUUCUGACUGAGCUAGGGCUAAAAAGGCCCUGCUGCAGAACAGUCAUGCUGACCACAGUGGAUAUAAUGCAGAAGAUUCUUAAGUUUGAGUACCCACAAGAAGGAUUCCUUGCAGACGAAAAGAUGCACUAA